CUCCCCCACGCCCCUUGUUCGCUUGUUUCUUCUCCAGGCAGGGGGAAGGAAUCGAAUUCCGAAUUCGCGAUCGGAUCGAGUGCCCCGCCCCUCUCCUCGACAUUUUGCCCAGGGAGGGAGCUCUGAAGAGGUCAGCUCUGUCCUCGUUUCGGUCAGAGCUGUGCUUAAAUUGCAGAGAAGGUAAGGCAUGGAGCCUUCUGGUCGGAAAGAAAAACCCAAGGUGAAGGAGCCUGUGAACCGAGUAGAGAAAGCCAGGCAGAGAUCAGCUCAGCAGGAACUGAAGCAAAGACAAAGGGCCGAGAUUUAUGCUCUCAACAGAGUCAUGACCGAGCUGGAGCAGCAGCAGUUUGAUGAGUUCUGUAAGCAGAUGCAGCCUCCAAGAGAAUGAGCUCUCCCCAGCGUUGAGACCAGGUGGGGCCCCUGAGGCUUCGGUCAUGACCUCUGUAACCAGUUCUUCUGAGGUGGCUUGCUUUGGGCCAUACAGAUGUAGAGACAAAGAUUUAUGUACUUCCUAAAGCUGGAUAAAUCUGAAUUUACUGCUCUUUGUGCCUGCCUCAUCACCCAUCCCUCUCUUCCUCAGGUCAGCAUCAUCUUUCUGAAGACCUUUUUUUUUCCUGGAUUUUUUUUUUCAGCUUCAGUUGUUUAAGCUGGGGGUGGGGGCGGUGGAGAAGAAAAUCAGUGUUUCUAGUGGGACUUUAUCACUUCUCCAAGAAAACAAAUAAACUACAAAUUCAAGGCCUACUUGUCCAA